CUCGGGCGGCUGGGGCUGGCCCGCGGGCAGAGAGGCGAGUGGACUGAGGGACAGCCCGGGAGAGAGACAUUCCCAGGAGUGGGCUGGAGGGUGCUCUCGGGCACCUUCGCCCGGUAGAAGGUCUCGGAGGGGGGCGGGGGGUUGCUGCACCGCGGCUCCGAUAGUGACCUGGCCGGAGGGAGCGAAGACAAAGAGGCCGGAACCCCGCACCCGCCGCUCCCGGAGCUGAGCUCAGCGCCCGCGAGCCCCGCAGCAGCACUCGGCUCUCCUGGCCAGCACCCGAGGUCGUCCCCAGGAGACCCGUGACUGCUGCCCCCUCGGACUCCCUUCUCCCCGCCAACUCAGUGCAGCUCUCCCCCAGCCCACCGGCCCUCGCUUCAGGAGCCAAAACCAACCUCUCCAGUCGGGAGGUUUCCCGUCAGUAGUUCCCGAAUAUUUACCGAGCGGUCACUUCUGCUGUGAGGACAAGCCAAGACCCAGUAUUUGAUUCAGAAAAAACGCCUCUUGCAGAGAGCCUCAUCUGCAGGUGAUUCUCCAGGGACAUGGGAAGAUAGGUGUAAGCCCCGGAACCCACACCCUUAAGUGGAGGGAAGCCGCUUUCUGCUGCGAAUAAUGGCCAAACCCAUUCAGAGAGGGAAUGGCACUAGCUCGGAGACCUCACGACAGCGCUUCAGGAAAUUUCAGUACCACGAGGUAGCUGGGCCCCGGGAGGCUUUCAGCCAACUCUGGGAACUUUGUUGUCGGUGGCUAAGGCCGGAGGUGCGCACCAAGGAGCAGAUGGUGGAGUUGUUGGUGCUAGAGCAGUUCCUGACCAUCUUACCCGGGGAGAUCCAGAAGUGGGCACAGGAGCAAUGUCCGGAAAGUGGAGAGGAGGCUGUGGCUCUGGUGGAAGAUUUAGAAAGAGAGCCUGGAAGACCUGGACGCUCGGUCACAGUCUCUGUGAAGGGGCAGGAAGUACGCUUGGAGAAGAUGACACCCCUGAAAUCAUCACGAGAGUUAUUAAGUGUUCAGCAGGAGUCAGUGGAACCUCAGUCCAGGGGUGUACCCAAGAAAAAGAGGGCAAGAAGCCCAGUCCUGGGACCACAGGAGCAGAUGAACCCAAAGGAGAAGCUCAGACCUUUUCAAAGGAGCGGAUUUCCAUUUCCUAAAUCUGGUGUGGUCUCCAGGUUGGAGCAAGGAGAGCCUUGGAUCCCAGAUCUGGGCUCCAAGGAAAAGGAACUCCCAAGAGGCAGUCUCACAGGAGACAGACAAAUGCAUGCUGACCUGUUACCAUCCAGGAGAGAGAAAAGCAGCUGGGUGGAUCAGGAUCACUGGGGCUUUGAGGAUGAGAAGGUGGCAGGUGUGCACUGGGGCUAUGAAGAGACCAGAACUCUCCUCGCGAUUCUCAGUCAGACUGAAUUUUAUGCGGCUCUCCGAAACUGUCAUCGAAACAGCCAAGUAUAUGGGGCUGUGGCUGAACGGCUCCGGGAGUAUGGCUUCCUCCGGACCCUGGAACAGUGUCGGACCAAGUUCAAAGGUCUCCAGAAGAGCUAUAGGAAAGUCAAGAGUGGCCACCCACCUGAGACCUGCCCCUUUUUUGAAGAGAUGGAAGCCCUGAUGAGUGCUCAGGUCAUUGCCCUGCCCAGUAAUGGCCUGGAAGAGGCAGCCUCUCACUCUGGCCUGGCAAGCAGCGAUGCUGAGACUGAGGAGCCAGGGCCAGGGAAUUGGCAGCAUGAGGAGGGAGAAGAAGAGGCCACAGCAGAAGAGUCUGACAGUGAUGAAAUGGGCGAGAAAGCCAUCCCCCAGGACCCCAACAAUUCGACUGCACCUGUCCUUUACCGAAGCCCAAGUGGUGUACACUGGGGCUAUGAAGAGACGAAGACUUACCUUGCAAUUCUUAGUGAGACUCAGUUUUAUGAAGCCCUUCGGAACUGUCACCGCAACAGCCAGUUGUAUGGAGCAGUGGCUGAGCGGUUAUGGGAAUAUGGGUUCCUUAGGACACCAGAGCAAUGUCGGACCAAGUUUAAAAGCCUACAAACCAGCUAUCGGAAAGUCAAGAAUGGCCAAGCAGCAGAGACCUGUCCCUUCUUUGAAGAGAUGGAUGCAUUGGUGAGUGCUCGGGUUGCUGCCCCACCCAGUGAUGGCCAGGAAGAAGACAUAGCUUCUUGCACCAUCCAGGAGACCAGUGAGGCUGAAACUGAGAAGCAAGCUGAGGAGGCAGAAGAGGCCUCAGAAGAAGAUUCUGAGGAUGAUGAAGAGGAUACUGAGCUACCCCCGGGGGCUGUCAUGACACGUGCUCCAGUCUUAUUCCAGAGCCCCAGUGGUUUUGAGGCUGGAUUUGAGAAUGAAGAGAAUCUAAAACGGGAUAUUUCUGAGGAAGUACAACUACAUAGGACAUUACUUGCAAGGUCUGAAAGGAAAAUUUGCCGGCACCUUAAUCACAGUAAAGGCAGUGAGAGUGAAUGUAGAUCAGGAAGACACUGGGAAAGGACCCCAGGAGAAAGAAGAGGAAAACCCACACUCCCAGAGAGAAGUUUGGAUAAAGUUUUAAGUCAUCAGAGACCUUACUUGGGAGAGAGACCCAAUAAAUAUCUUAGAUAUGGCAAAAGCUUUGGUCCAAACUCCCACCUCAUGCAUCAGAUAACCCAACAAGUGGAAAAUCCAUAUAAAUGUGCUGACUGUGGGAAAAGCUUCAGUCGGAGUGCACGCCUCAUUAGACACCGGAGAAUCCACACUGGAGAGAAACCUUAUAAGUGUCUUGACUGUGGGAAAAGUUUCCGUGACAGUUCAAAUUUCAUCACCCAUAGGAGAAUCCACACAGGAGAGAAACCAUAUCAAUGCAGUGAGUGUGGAAAACGUUUCAAUCAGAGCUCAAGCCUUAUAAUUCACCAGAGAACCCACACAGGAGAAAAGCCCUAUCAAUGUGAAGAGUGUGGAAAAAGCUUCAAUAACAGUUCUCAUUUUAGUGCACAUCGGAGGAUACACACAGGAGAGAGACCCCAUGUGUGUCCUGACUGUGGAAAGAGUUUCAGUAAGAGCUCUGAUUUGCGUGCACAUCAUAGAACCCACACAGGAGAGAAACCCUAUGGGUGUCAUGAUUGUGGCAAGUGCUUCAGUAAAAGCUCUGCUCUGAAUAAGCACAGAGAAAUUCAUACACGAGAAAAACUUCUGAAACAAUCAAUGCCUAAGUAAGCCACUGAGAAUCUAUUUUUUUAAAAAAAGAACCUCAAUAAAUGUAUUGAAACUGUUUGAAAAAUCUUUCAAUGGUGGUGAGAUCCAUCUCCUAUCUGUGCUCAACUAGCCUAGGAAAUACUCUAGGAUUUACCCCAGAGUUUGUUCCAGUUUCUCCUGGAUCAAAUUCCCAAGGCAGUCGUCUUAAGGAUGCAAGAAAGAUUUCAAUCCCUCUCCUGUUUCCUUAACAGAGAGGCACAGUAGUAGAUCCUCUAACAUGUACCCUUUUUUACUCAUCCUGUUACUCAGCAGCAUUUCAGAGAGAAGUUGUGAAACUUUUCUCAUUAAGUAGGUCUAGCUCUUUAUACAGUAAUGGGAAUACAAAAAGGAAUGACUCUUCCUGCUCACUUAAGCCUGUGCCCAGAAUGAAAUACAGGUCGUCCCAAAUUUACAAUAGUUCAACUUUGUGAUGGUGUGAAUAUGAUACACAUUCAAUAGAAACUGUCAUCUAGGCUAAGCUUUGAUGUUUGGUAUGUUAAGGACAUUUUUACUUACAAAUAAUCCACUCAUGAUGGGCUUAUCUGGACAUAGCCCCAUCGUAAGUAGAGGAGCCUUUAUAUUUGUCGUACAAACUCUUUAUUUACCUUACAGGAGAGUCUAAUGUCCAUCUUGGUUCUCACCUAGGUGUUUUAUAUGGGGAAACAAUGUAAACCUUGCAUAAAUAUUGCAGUAUAAACCCUGGAUGUCUUAGUUUCUUUCAGGUCCUAUAAGAUCUGGAAUAGAAAAACACUCCAUUUACAUCAUCUAGUUUAAUUUUUUUCUGUCCAUUUCAUCUGAAUCUCAUCUGUCCCUUGAUCCUGAAGCCCAAAGAGCAAGGCAACUGGAUGAGAUGAUUGGGAAAGCAGUUAAAGCUGCCAACAGGGAAUUCUCUAUAUUCUACACACUCCAAACACAUAGUCUACUGUUAGGUUCCCCGUGGGUGCUCAAUACUAACCUACAAGGAGCAGUGGCCACUGCCACAUUGCCAUGGAUUGGGAAGACGGACCAAACCAGCAACUGUUUACCUUAAUGGCAAGGAGGACAGAUGAUCUUUGAUCAGUUGAGUCCAAUACACACACACACACACACACACACACACACACACACACAUGCAUAUAUUCAACUGUAUAAAUCUGUUUUGAAAAGCAGCUCUUUAAACACAGUGUACUUCUGAUCUUUAUAAUCAAAUAGUAUUCCAUCAGUUGCCCAUAUUUUCAUAGGAGUGUGAUGAGCCCUGUUCAGCACAAAUUAAACAGUCCCUGUCCUUACAAUCUAAAAUGACACUGACAUGGACAAAAAAAUAAGUACACAUGUAUAGUUGCAAAGUUUUAAAGCUAGGUAGUAACACUGCAUAAAUGUUAAGAUCUAAUGUAUUCGAAUUUGCUGUCAAAAAUAUGAGAGGUAUUUGCCUUUUGUUCAGGAAGGCUUCAUAAAACAGGUGUUCAAAGGAGGGGAGAUUAUUGGGUAAAUUAGGAUGGGAUGAACUUUUCUAAACUGAGUGUUAAGUGAAUGAGAAAUGGGAACAUAAAGUGUUUUGUGCAGAUGGAGCAGAGGGCAAAUGAAAGACUGUAAGGAAGUUUGGACAAAGGUUGGAGCAGCACAAAAUUUCAGGAAUAGGGCUGUGCAGGAGACAGGGAAAGAAUCGCCUCAGCUGAAGCAUGGAGUGCCAGAGGCAGAUCAGGAGGUGAUGCUCCCAUCAUCUGUAUUAAGUCAGGUGCUGUGCUGCAGUUAUUGGUAAGGAAACAGCUGGUACUGGAGAAGAAUGAGCAAUUGCAGUAGACUAGCUCCUUUGGGAGACAAAGGUCAGAAAAGGUAGUAUCUUGAGAAGAUACUUUGAUGGUUAAGUCAGGAAAGAGGAAUGUGAACAGAUGGCCAAGGCCUAGGAUAUGUAGCUGUAUCACAUUCACAUUUAAUUCGAGUUCUGUGGCUGGAAUGAGAUUGGGGAGAGGAGUGGGGAGAUAGAAUAUUCUGUAAUUCAUAGCUUCCUGUGUUAGAUGAGAGAUGAAUUAGGGUUCUGAUGUUGAGGGUUCCUAGUACAAGGACUCUAACAUUUAUUAGUAAUUAAAGGGAGAUGGUAUCUCAAUUAUAUUACCUAAGCAGACAGGAAGAUAUAAGAAACACCAGUCUAAAGCAAUGCUUCAGAUCUGAUUUGGUUAGAGAAGUAUGUUUUUUAAAAUGAGAGGUUACUAUAUUUAGUAUAUGUAUAGUCUUGUGGGAAAGCACUGGUUGGGGUAUCAACAGAUAUGAAUUCUGGGUCCAAAUGUCUUAUGUGUAAGCCAACCUGCUUCCAAUUCCUUUUCUGUAAAGUGGGAUAAUGUUUAUACCUUAAUUUGCCUCUCAGGGAUACCAUGUUAAUAAAGAUUAUAUCUAUAAAGUA